CCCCCACGACAUAAACCGUCUCGAAAACGCGCAUCUGUAACCCUUUUUUAAAUUUUAAUUUUCGAACAGUAUCCGUUCAAUUUUGAGGGGAAAAACAAUACUGUCAUCAAAAAGGGCGUGUGUGUGUGCGCGGGUCCCCGAAAGCGGUUUUUUGUUUUAACCCUUGAAUGUGGGUUGUGCUGCACAUCCCGGGGGUUUUUCUUUUUCGCUUGCGGACACAUCGAGGAUGGGCUGCACGCUGAGCACGGAGGACAAGGCGGCGGUGGAGCGCAGCAAGAUGAUCGACAGGAACCUGCGGGACGACGGAGAGAAGGCGGCCAGGGAGGUCAAGCUGCUGCUCCUCGGUGCUGGUGAGUCAGGGAAGAGCACGAUUGUCAAGCAGAUGAAGAUCAUCCAUGAGGCGGGUUACUCAGAGGAAGAGUGCAAGCAGUACAAGGCGGUGGUCUACAGCAACACCAUCCAGUCCAUCAUCGCCAUUAUCAGAGCCAUGGGCCGCCUCAAGAUUGACUUCGGAGAUGCUGCGAGAGCUGAUGACGCACGACAGUUGUUUGUGCUCGCGGGCUCGGCGGAGGAGGGCUUCAUGACGGCAGAGCUGGCCGGAGUCAUUAAGCGGCUGUGGAAAGACGGAGGGGUCCAAGCCUGCUUCAGCCGCUCUCGAGAAUACCAGCUCAACGACUCAGCAGCAUACUAUUUGAACGAUCUGGACAGGAUAUCCCAGGCAACCUAUAUCCCAACGCAGCAGGACGUCCUGAGGACCCGAGUGAAGACCACGGGCAUUGUGGAGACCCAUUUCACAUUCAAGGACCUGCACUUCAAAAUGUUUGAUGUUGGCGGUCAGCGGUCCGAGAGGAAAAAGUGGAUCCACUGCUUUGAAGGCGUCACCGCCAUCAUCUUCUGCGUGGCCCUCAGUGACUACGACCUGGUGCUGGCUGAGGAUGAGGAGAUGAACCGGAUGCAUGAGAGUAUGAAGCUGUUUGACAGCAUCUGCAACAACAAGUGGUUCACAGACACCUCCAUCAUCCUCUUCCUUAACAAGAAGGACUUGUUUGAAGAGAAGAUCAAGAGGAGUCCCCUCACCAUCUGUUAUCCAGAAUACGCUGGCUCUAACACAUAUGAGGAAGCAGCCGCCUAUAUUCAGUGUCAGUUUGAGGACCUUAACAAGAGGAAGGACACCAAGGAGAUCUACACCCAUUUCACCUGCGCCACAGACACCAAGAAUGUUCAGUUUGUCUUUGACGCCGUCACCGAUGUCAUCAUUAAGAACAACCUGAAGGACUGCGGUCUCUUCUAAAGCCGAUGCUGAGCUUGUUGCAGGCAGUGAAGCUGGCGCAAUGUUCAUCUUUGCUGGGGAGUACGAGAGGAGUCGGAAGGAUCGGUCACGGACCAGUGCUGUACUAUAUGCCACUUUUAACAGCUUUAUUUAUGGUUUGUUUGUUUUUUGGGGGGGGGUGUUGUUUUGG